AUGUCAAGCUCGAGCUAUACAGCGACAAUGGUAAUGCGAAAGUUCCACUGGCCAGAUAUACAACUGAACAUAUGGUUCUCUGUCGUGCUUGCCGGGUCAGCAACAUGCCUGGGUAUCUUCAGCUGGUUCAUGACGGUGCAGACUCAAAUGGAGCUCCCGACACCAUGGGUUUUCCCAUUCAUGGUAGCCACCGCAGCACUAACGCUGAUAUUCCUCUGCCUAAUCGUGGUCCUCGCCCUACAACACUCCCUAAUACCCGAAAUGAUAAUUCUGGGCAGCUUCAUCCUCUUCGUGCUCUGGUUCACGGGCCUAAUCGGCACCGCCUUACAGCUGUACGGCAACCAGGCGAGCAUCAAUUCGAAUUGUCAGAAUUGGGUGACCGGCUACGAGUUCAAAGGCGCCAGUAUCAAUACGCUGGCGUGGUUGACGAAUUUGAAUAUCUGUAAUUGCUGGAAAACCGCAUUUGCAUUCGAGGUAGUCAUCGCUGUCUUCCUCGUCUGGAUGCUUAUCAUGGCAUUCCAGGUCCGGAAGCACACCGAUCCUUACGAUUGA